GGAUCCUGUUGAGUAAAAGGGGGCGGGGAGGCUGCUUCACUUCUCCUCGGAAGUCCAAGUCCGCCAGUCACAGCAGGUGUCACUCUCGGGGCCAGCAUGUGGCAGCUGCUGCCACCCACCGCGCUGCUGCUUCUAGCUUCCACGGGCACACGGGCUGAAGGUCUCCCGAAGGCCGAGCUGUCCCUGUACCCUGAAUGGGACAGGCUUCUCGAGAUGGACCCCGUGACCCUGACGUGCCGGGGGGACCACACGGAGGAGGACAAGUCCACACGGUGGUGGCACAAUGGGACCCUCCUGCCCAACCAGGCCUCCAGCCACUUCAUCGCGUCCGCCCGGGUGAAUGACAGCGGCGAGUACCGGUGUCGGACCAACCGCUCCGAGCUCAGCCAUCCGGUGCGGCUGCAAGUUGUCGCCGCCUGGCUGGUGCUCCAGGCCCGCCGCUGGGUGGUCCAGGCGGGGGACCCCCUCGUGCUGAGGUGCCACAGCUGGAAGAACUUGCCUGUCUACAGGGUCCAGUUUUUCCAGAACGGCAGAGGCAGGCAGUUUUCCCGCCAGAACUCUGAGUUCCGCAUCUCAGUGGCAACGGGCGAGCACAACGGCUCCUACUUCUGCCGGGGGAUGAUCCACGACCGGCGGAACGAGUCUUCCGAGGCCGUGCAAGUCCUGGUGCUUGGUGUGGCAAUCCCACCUGCCCCACCGGGGAGGCUGGUCACCAUCAGCCUGCUGCUGGGACUCCUGUUCGCCGUGGACACGGGGCUGUAUUUCUCUGUGCGGAGGGACCUUCGAAACGCGUUGAAGAAAGGGAGGAGUGACAAAGCCACGUGGAGCAAGAGCCCUGAGGACACGCAGGAGCAAUGAAAACAGUCUCCGAACCCCGCGCUGUGCUCCCCACGCCGUGGCCCGCAGCCCCCACCUCUGGGAAGAGCAGGAAGUCGGCACCUCAGAGCCCGGCUGCGGGCCCUUCGCCCACCUCCAUUUUCCGUGGUCCCCAGUGAAAAAGAAAGGCCUGCUUUUUACAAAUACUACUGUCAUCUUUAGUGCUCGAUCUGGUUUCUAAAGUUUGCUUUUAAUUACAGUUGACGUGCACUGUUA